CUGCGCUUUAUCUCUCCGCAUUUCACCCCGCUGCGUGAUGGUGACUCCUCUUUCGCUGAGACAAUAAGACGAAAGAAAAACUCCGGGCUCGACUUAGCUCACCUCUUAUUGAAGAAGCCAGCCAUCCCAAGACAUUCCCCACGGACCUCUCCCGUCUCUCAACCACCACCUCCAAAAUGCCUGCGCAACCCGACCAAUUCCACGGCUGGGUCUCCCACUCACCCACGGAGCCCCUGACCUUCACGACCUUCACAGCCAAACCGUUCGAACCCACUGACCUCGAGAUCGAGAUCACCCACUGCGGGAUCUGCGGCACAGACGUGCACACCCUCCGCUCCGGCUGGGGACCAGCGGACUACCCGUGCGUAGUCGGACACGAAAUCGUCGGUCACAUCACACGGCUCGGCGCGGCGGUCCCCUCCCUCCCGGCCCCGUACUCCGCCUUCCAGAUUGGCGACCGCGUCGGUGUCGGCGCCCAGAUUCUCGCCUGUCUGCUGCCAGACUGCGAUGCCUGCAGCACCGGCCAAGAGAACUACUGCCCCCGCAUCACGGGCACCUACAACGACCGCUUCUACGACGCGACCUUCCUGAAAAAGACCGCCGUCAAGACAAUGGGCGGGUUGGCGCGCACAUGGCGCGGCCCGGCACAGUUCGUGUUCAAGAUCCCCGACGCGUUGUCGUCCGCGCACGCGGCGCCGUUGCUCUGCGCGGGCGCGACCGUGUUCACGCCGCUGAGGAAGUACGGCGCCGGGGAGGGCAAGCGCGUCGGUGUGGUGGGGAUCGGGGGGCUGGGCCAUCUAGGGGUGUUGUUUGCCAAGGCGAUGGGGUGCGAGCGCGUGGUCGCGAUCUCGCGGUCGUCGGCUAAGAGGCAGGAUGUGGUUGAGGGGCUGGGGGCAGAUGGGUUCAUUGCGACGGGGGAGGAGGAGAACUGGGCGAAGAAGUACGAGCGGACGUUGGAUCUGAUCAUCUGUACGGUUGACGGGGAUGAUAUGCCGCUCUCGAGGUAUUUGAGACUGCUGAGGGUUGGGGGCACGUUUGUCCAGGUCGGUGCGCCCGAAAAACCGCUGCCCCAGGUACUGGCCUGGGCGUUUAUUCAGAAGGGCGUCAGCUUGGCGGGAUCGAAUAUCGGGUCACGAGAAGAUAUCCGGGCCAUGUUGGAGUUGGCGGCGCAGAAGAACGUCUUGCCCUGGAUCGAAAAACGGCCGAUGGAGGAGGUAAAUGCCGCAUUGAAGGACAUGGAUGCUGGAAGGGCGAGGUAUAGAUAUGUGUUAGAGAAUGGAGAGCCGGACAGUAAGUUGUGA